CGAACCAUGGGGGUUUUCACUCCUGCAUUCAACCAUGCGUAUGAGAGUUCCCAGUCGCUAAGUGCGCGAAGAAUACGAGCUAGGAUAUUGCAGAGAGACAGCUGCUAUAGAGAAGACCCAGAAACAAUGGGAGUUUUUAAAAUGUAGCUGCGUUUUAUAGUAGCCGAACGUUUUCUAAUUGCUUUUUUUGUAGUUUGAUGAGAAUGCAAGCAAUGGAUCCCAUAACGAAGUGGACACCAAAGCAAGUUGUCGACUGGAUGAAAGGGCUGGAUGAUAGCCUUCAGCAGUAUGUUCCCAACUUUGAGCGGGAGAAGAUCAGCGGGGAGCAGCUGCUGAAGAUUUCCCAUCAGGACCUGGAGGAGCUGGGUGUGGCCCGCAUUGGACACCAAGAGCUGGUUCUGGAGGCUGUCGACUUGCUCUGUGCUCUGAACUAUGGGGUAGAGACAGACAACCUUAAAGGUCUGGUGGUGAGGAUGAGAGCAGCAACAAACAGCCUUCACAUGUCCACGUCCGACCGCAGGAAGAGCCCGUCGUAUGACGGCAGCACCUCCCGGAAACCUCCCAACGACUUCCUCACCUCUGUGGUGGAACUGAUCGGAGCCGCAAAGAGCCUCCUGGCCUGGCUUGACAGGACGCCCCUGACUGGGAUCAGUGACUUCACCGCCACCAAGAAUAAGAUUAUUCAGCUGUGUCUGGAACUCACCACCACAGUUCAACAGGACUGUACUGUUUACGAGAUGGAGGAAAAGAUCCUAGAAGUAUCUAAAGUUCUGAACAGCAUCUGUGACCAGACUGUGAGAACCACCUCUGACCCUCUGAUGAGCCAAUCAGCAUGCUUGGAGGAAGUUCAGCUGAAUAAUAUCAAGCCUGGCGAGGGACUGGGGAUGUACAUCAAAUCCACCUAUGAUGGGCUUCAUGUCAUCACUGGCACCACAGAGCAUUCCCCAGCCGACAUGACCAAGAAGAUCCAUGGGGGUGAUGAAGUGAUCCAGGUCAACCAGCAGACAGUGGUGGGCUGGCAGCUGAAGAACCUGGUGGGCAAGCUGAGAGAGGACCCUAAAGGGGUUGUCCUUCUCCUGAAAAAGAGGCCUACAGGAAGCUACGGGUUCACACCUGCCCCGCUCAAGAACAUGCGCUGGAAACCGCCGAUGGCACAGAGUACUCCCUCCCUGAGCAAAACCCAGUCUCCCGGCUGUUCCACAGAUGGGUCCACCAAGAAGGAGAAACCAGCCAUCCUGGAUCUGUACAUCCCCCCGCCUCCCACUGUACCUUACACCCCACGAGAGAGUAAAGGAAGUGCAUACCCCAGUAUCAGUAAAAUCAAACCGAAGGGUUCCGAGUCGCCCAACUCCUUCUUAGACCUGGAGAGUGGAAGACGCUUCACCAUAGCAGACUAUGACAAGCUGGGAGUGGUCUAUCCCAUCGAGACCAACAUCAUACAGCCCAGGAUGAGGGAACGCCACACCUCGUCUUGUAGUAAGCCCCGCCCCCUCUCUAUGCCAGUGGACACCUGUCUUGGAGUGGCAGACCCCUGUUCCAGGCCCUGGACACAAGGCCGGAAAGGCGAGGACCUCCUCUACAGAUACCUAAGUAACGAGCGAAUCCCCACCAUUGCUGAGGAGGUCCCGACGGGUGCUCCACCCUACAGACCGGGAGGAGGGCGACAGCUGGUCCGAGGACUGGAUCACAUCAGGAGCAGUCACUACUUUGCCAACCAGGACCUCCAUAACAGCGCAACCAUCCCCUACCAGGACCAUGACCUGGGCAGCAAAAAGACCCCCGUAACCCUCGCCUCCAAACGCCCUCCCGCAGAGCCCUCGCUACUGGUCAGUUGGAUCACACGGCUUAAGCUAUUGACUCACUGAUGAUGCGCUUCCUGUCCAGGGCUUCCUGUUCCUGUCUUCUCCUCAGUGCUUUCUGUCCUCCAGCUGUUUGCGUUGGGCUCUCCGUCUCUCCCACACUUUCUCCCUGCCUCCCAGUGUUAUUGUACUACUAAGCCUGUACUACUCCACCACCAAACCUCUUAGUAGUUAACUCACCGCAUUUUUACAUCACUCCUAACCAAUCCCAGUCCCCGUCCCCUACCAACUACCUACCAGUCCCAUCCCUGCUGCACAAUCUGAUAGUCAUAGGAAUACAUAUUGAGCUGGGGUCACACAGCACAUGCAUGAGAGCCUGUAUUUGGAGGUAUGGUUGGUUUGAGGAAAUGUCUACCUGUCUACAUUCGGACAAGAGCAAUGUUUAAGGACAUUUGCCUUGUCAUUGACCUUUGCAGGAACCCUUUUGUAUAUUGUUUAAGUUAUAUUAUCAUGUUCUUUUAGAGAAACUCUCUUCAGAAUGUUUUAAUUUUCUCUUGCCAAACAGUUGGAUUUUUUUAUUUCCAAUGGUGUGCAUAAUUUGUUUUUAUUCAAGAAACAAACAAAAAAAAGGCUUUCCAGGUGUUUACUGUACUGAUAUUUGAUUUUAGCUUUUUAUUUCUUUUUAUUUCUUGGGGUUGGUGCCAUUCAGUUCAAGUACACAAUGCCUCUGGUUGCCUCUUGAAGCUAUGCAUAUAGGAACUCUUUACUGUCACUUGACAGAUCAAUGCUGCAUUGACUGGUGACUAUAAUAUUUCAAUGUCACCAGUGAUAAUGUUCUCUGGGUUUAAAGCUAUGCACUCUUUGUAUAGUGUCAUGUCCCUGUCUUGUCUUGUUCUAAAGGCUGUAGGCACACAUCUCUGUGAUGAUCUCUUCAAUGGAUCUUCACAGCUGUUGGUCUGCUAUUAGCCUUUGGAACAAACCUGUAGGUUAGGCCUCUUUCUGGAGUCACCGACCAGACAGCCUUUUAUCAGCACAGACGACCUGUUGAGAUGGUAUGGGUAGUUUAGCAAGCAACAAGCAUUACAACACAAGAUUUAUGGACAGUAUUAAGGACCUUGGUAUGUUGAGAAAUUGUAUGUUGACAAAAAUACAAUUGUACCUUUAACUGUCUUUUGUAACAUGUCAAUAGUAUAUUAUUAAAGGUGCAUUCCAGUU